GGGGUUAUGCGUUGUCAUUCUUCGUGUAUUGAAGACUAGUAUGUUACUUGCUUGUACUGGAAAAACGGCGGAGUCAUUUUCUAGUUUACCCGAUCAUUAAGUAGUAUCGAUAUAUUAAAUAAAAUAUGUCAUCGGCACGGUAUGACCGAGCUAUCACGGUAUUUUCACCUGAUGGUCAUUUACUGCAAGUAGAAUAUGCCCAAGAAGCUGUUAGGAAAGGUUCCACCGCGGUUGGCGUCCGUGGUAACGAUGUGGUUGUACUUGGCGUGGAAAAAAAAUCUGUAGCAAAAUUACAGGAGGAAAGAACUGUCCGUAAAAUAUGUCUUUUGGAUGAUCAUGUAGUUAUGGCCUUUGCAGGCUUAACUGCUGAUGCCCGAGUACUAAUAAAUCGUGCUCAGAUUGAAUGCCAGAGUCAUAAAUUGACUGUUGAGGAUCCUGUAACGUUAGAAUAUAUCACUAGGUAUAUUGCAGGAUUAAAACAAAAAUAUACUCAGAGCAAUGGUAGGAGACCUUUUGGAAUAUCAUGCCUCUUGGCUGGUUUCGAUUAUGAUGGUGUACCUCAUUUAUACCAAACUGAACCAUCUGGUAUUUACUAUGAGUGGAAGGCAAAUGCAACUGGGCGCAAUGCGAAAACAGUUCGUGAAUUCCUAGAGAAGUAUUACACUGCUGAUGAAGUAGCUACUGAAAAAGGCUCUAUCAAGUUGGCAAUCCGGGCAUUGCUUGAAGUUGUUCAGUCAGGUCAAAAAAAUUUGGAAAUUGCUGUAAUGCGACGGGGACAACCACUACAGAUGUUGGACACUGACACAAUAGGAGAAUAUGUAACAGAAAUUGAAAAAGAAAAAGAAGUGGAAGCUGAGAAGAAGAAGCAGAAGAAGUAGUGACGCUACUAAUUAAUUGCAUUGCUAAUUAUACAUUUUUUUUAAUGUUUCUCAUACAAUAAAUGUAAUGGAAUCUA